AUGGAGCAAGGAGCGGAGCUGAACCAGGAGUCUAUCUCCUGCUCCAUCUGUUUGGACCUCCUGAAGGAUCCGGCGACCAUUCCCUGUGGACACAGCUACUGUCUGAGAUGUAUCAAAACCUACUGGGAUGAGGUGGAUCAGGAGAAAACCCACAGCUGCCCUCAGUGUGGGCAGACCUUUGAACGAAGGCCUGACUUGAAGAAAAACAUCACGUUAGCAGCUUUAGUGGAGGACUUGAAGAGGGAUGGUCUUCAAGCUGCUCCUGCUGAUCACUGCUAUGCUGGACCUGAAGACGUGUCCUGUGACGUCUGCUCUGAGAGGAAACUGAAAGCUGUCAAGUCCUGUCUGGUCUGUUUGGCUUCUUACUGUGAGAAACAUCUCCAGCUUCACUUUGAAUCUGCUGCAUUUGAAAAACACAAGCUGGUGGAGCCCUCCAAGAAGCUCCAGGAGAACAUCUGCCCUCUUCAUGAUGAGGUGAUGAAGAUCUUCUGUCAUACUGAUCAGAAGUUAAUCUGUUAUCUCUGCUUGAUGGAUGAACAUCAAGGACAUGAAACCGUCUCAGCUGCAGCAGAAAGAGCUGAGAAGCAGAAGGAGCUCGAGGCGAGUCGACAACAAAUCCAGCAGAGAAUCCAGGACCAAGAGAAAGAUGUGAAGCUGCUCCAGGAGGAGGUGGAGGCCAUCAAUGUCUCUGCUGAUCAAACAGUGGAGGACAGUGAGGAGAUCUUCACUCGGCUGAUCCGUCUCGUCCAGAAGAGAAGGAGUGAAGUGAAGCAGCAGAUCAGAUCCCAGCAGGAAACUGAAGUGAGUCGAGUCUUGGAGCUUCAGGAGAAGCUGGAGCAGGAGAUCACUGAGCUGAAGAGGAAAGAUGCCGAGCUGGAGCAGCUCUCACACACAGAGGACCACAACCAGUUUCUCCACAACUACCAGUCGGUGUCAGCACUGGGUGAGUCUCCACACUCAUCCAUCAUCAAGGUUCAUCCUCGGAGAUACUUUGAGGACGUCACAGCAGCUGUGGAGGAGCUCCGAGACAAACUCCAGGACGUCCUGAGGGACACGUGGACAAACAUCUCACUGAGAGUCUCUGAAGUGGACGUUCUACUGCCCGAACCAGAACCAAAGAGCAGAGAUGGCUUCUUAAAUUAUUUCAAAGAAAUCACUCUGGAUCCAAACACCGCGCACCGACAUCUUCUGCUGUCUGGGGACAACACGAAGGCAACAUACAUGAAGGAGCAGCAGUCGUAUCCUGAUCAUCCACACAGGUUCACAGCUUGGCACCAGGUUCUGAGCAGAGAGAGUCUGAGCGGACGGUGUUACUGGGAGGUGGAGUCCAAGCGCGGGGGUGUUCGUGUUGCCGUUGCGUACAUGAACAUCAAGAGAGCUGGGCGCCUGAACGAGUGCCUGUUCGGGUGCAACGACCGGUCCUGGGCUCUGUGCUGCGACAGGAACAACUACACGUUUUGGCACAACAACGUUAAGACUCCGGUUUCAGGGUUUUGUUCCUCCAGGGUCGGGGUGUACCUGGACCACAGGGCAGGUGUUCUGUCCUUCUACAGCGUCUCUGGAACCAUGACUCUCCUCCACAGAGUCCAGACCACGUUCACUCAGCCGCUCCACGCCGGACUUCUCUUCUACUCUGACGGAGACACAGCCGAGUUGGUUGCACUGAAUUAA